CGAGUCCGAGCACACUGUUCAUCUCAUCACUUUGGGAUCAAAGUUUGAAGGCACUGUAAACGACGCAGAAAAUCUCUGCGUCUUUGAUCAAACAAGAAUUGAAGAAGAGAGAGGGCUCAAAUAUGGACGCUGAAUUGCUGGAAUUGCAGAGACAAUUCGAGUUCGCGCAGCAAGCGAAAUCGAGCAUCCGAUUAUCUGAUAGAAACGUCGUCGAAUUGGUUCAAAAGCUCCAGGAGCUUCACAUCAUCGAUUUCGACCUUCUUCACACCGUCUCCGGCAAAGAAUAUAUCACUCCCGAGCAACUCAGGCAUGAGAUGGCGGCGGAGAUCAAUAAAUCUGGGCGUGUUUCAUUGAUAGAUCUUGCAGAUGUUACUGGCGUUGAUUUAUAUCAUGUUGAAAAGCAAGCUCAACAAGUAGUUUCAGAAAAUCGGGGGCUUAUGCUGAUUCAAGGAGAAAUUAUAUCAGAGUCUUAUUGGGAUAACGUUGCAGAAGAAAUCAACGAGAGGCUUCAAGAGUGUAGUCAAAUUGCUUUGGCAGAACUUGCUACGCAGUUGAAUGUUGGAUCAGAAUUCGUGGCUUCUAUGUUGGAAGCCCGCCUUGGAACUUUGGUGAAAGGUAGGCUUGAAGGCGGGCAGUUGUAUACACCAGCUUAUGUUGCUCGUGUUAGUGCCAUGGUUCGUGGUGCUGCGAGGGGUAUCACAGUUCCUACAAAUUUGUCAGUCUUAUGGGGAACUUUACAGCAUUUGUUGCAUGAAAUGGAUGGAGCCAGUGGUGUCGCUGUUGAAAGUUCAUUUUUUCAGUCCAUUUUUAAUGGAUUAGUGAAGGAAGGCGAGGUUCUUGGAUCACUCCGUGCAGGAGUUCAUUGGACCCCAACUGUCUUUGCAACUGCUCAAAAGGAGUGUGUAGAUUCCUUCUUUUCACAGAAUUCUUUUAUCAGUUAUGACACUCUGAACAAACUUGGAAUUUCCCAGCCUGUUCAGUUCUUGCUGUCCAGGUAUCCUGAAGGUCUUCCUAUGAUUACUGCAUUUGCUCACCCCUCCUUGAUUGAGAUGUUGGAUUCUGCUGUUGAGGAUGCGAUUGAGCGUGGUAGCUGGAUUGAUUCUCUUUCUAUAUUACCUGCAUCCUUCGGAUCACAAGAUGCGUCUAAGAUUUUGUCACUUUGUCCUUCUGUUCAAUUAGCCCUCAAGGGUAAUAAAGCACUCAUCCUGGGAGAGUCAUAUGUAUUCAAUAAUGGUUUUGUCAAGUCCAUUUAUGAUUGCAUGGAAAAAGAGAUGGAUGCCUUUAGUCUCUCAGGGUCUUCUGGUGUUGUGCUGAGCGAUGACUCAAAAUUGGUUAAGGAAGUUAAAGUUAGAAAUGAUUCCAGCAAAUCUAGUGAGGUAAGCAACACUGGUAAUGAGAAAAAGAAGAAAAAGGGAAAAUCUGCUGGAACAAAAACAGCUGAAAGCAUUCCUGAUGAUGAUGACUACGUUCCUGCAAAAUCUAAGAAAAACCAAAGGAAGGGCAAGGAUGCAUCUUCUAAUCAAGUGUCAGAUACCAAAACAGGAGCUAAAAAGGAUUUAGCUAAAGAUGACAAAAUUAAUGUUCCUUCAGAAGAGUGGGUAACGCAAAAGAUCCUCACUCUGGUUCCUGAUUUUGAAGAGCAAGGUGUAGAAGAUCUGCAGAUAAUACUUAGACCGUUAUCUAACUAUAUGAGGCCUAUGCUUAUUAAUUAUUUGAAAGAGAGAAGGAAGGCGUUAUUUACAGAGAAUACUGAGAAAAUGAAACGGUUGCUUGAUAAUCUGCAAAAGAGGCUUGAUGAGUCUUUCUUAAAUAUGCAGCUGUAUGAAAAAGCACUAGAUUUGUUUGAAGAUGACCAAUCAACUUCAGUUGUUUUGCACAGGCAUUUAUUAAGAACAAUAGCUGCUUCUAUUGCAGAUAUGCUCUUUCAUAACUUGGACAUGCACAACAAAUUGAAGAAUGGAAUUGAAGUCGAAGAGUCUCAGAGUUUAGAAUCUAUCACUCUUAAUUCUGCAGAAAGAAUUGCUCUUGCCAAAAGUUUUCCAGGAUCCCUUACAAAGAAAGCUCUUGCAGUUGUGGAAGCUUUGGAAGGGAAGCGGGUAGAAGCAUUCAUGACUUCACUGAGAGAAAUGGCAGAGGAAAGUGGCUUACUGUUGAAGAAGCUUGACAAAAAAUUGGAAAGAAGUCUUCUGCAUUCAUAUCGCAAGGAUUUGUCAGCUCAAGUUUCUGCUGAAACUGAUCCAGUGACUCUUCUGCCUAAAGUUGUUUCCCUACUCUAUAUUCAG